AUGGAGAAUAUCGCAAGUGCACCUAUAUGGGUUUCUGUCCGCAUUGGUCCGGAAACAUGCUCUGGAUUGGUGGCUUUCAUUUCAGCCCGAAUUUCCUGUAGGACAGAAAGCGAGAAGGGCCUCAAUCUUGUCAGAAGUGGAAUGCAAGAAGACACUCUGGUCAAGUUGAAAAUGGUUGGCAAACUCAAGCAAUGCAUCGAAAUAAUUAAAAAAAGCACAUUCAGGCUUUACAAUAUACGUGUGAGAUGUCUUCUGCAUCCGGCAAACGCGUCAAUUUGUCAACUCCUCAGAGUACGAAUACGACGUACUUACCACAGGAUGCAUAAAAUGCCUCUUACCCUCCCCCUUUACUGGAAACUAAGCAGUUAUGGCGAACGAGGGCCAGAAAUGAUAGUAGAGAACUUAGGCCCUGUUCUGGCGCAUAGGCUCCAGUAA